CCAAACCCCUCAAAAGGUUUUACUUUUAAUCCCCCGUUUGAUUUUCGUUCACUUCUACAACCAUCAAUCAAAAUGGCAACAACGGCAAUCAGAAAAGUCAGUCGUCUCGCCGCCACCGCCCACCGUGCUGCGGCGGUUGCUUCCUUCUCCACUACCGCCACUACUCGCCGUCACUCGAUCCUUCAAACGGCGUCGUAUAGCACCAUAAAUAAUAAUAAUACCCCUUUGAACUCCUUUCCGCCGACACCACGGUCUCAAUUGUUUGAUCGGAUUAACGUCGUUCAGAACUGCGCCAGGUGUCAUGUUGCAUCUUAUUCAACUGCCACGUCAGCAGAGGUUGUUGAUGAGAAAUACGUCCCUAACGACGUCGUUUUAUAUCAGUACCAAGCUUGCCCUUUCUGUAAUAAGGUUAAAGCAUUUCUUGAAUAUAAUGAUGUUCCCUACAAGAUUGUGGAAGUCAAUCCUAUGAAUAAAAAGGAAAUUAAAUGGUCUGACUACAAAAAGGUGCCGAUUUUGAUGGUGGAUGGAGAACAAAUGGUUGAUUCUUCAGAAAUCAUUGAUAAAAUGUACCAAAGGAUGCAUCCCGAUUCUGUUUCUGAAGAUGAAGAAACGCAGAAGUGGCGUAGGUGGGUGGACAAUCAUCUGGUGCAUGUCUUAUCACCAAAUAUAUACAGAAGUCCCUCUGAGGCUCUUGAAUCAUUUGAUUACAUCACCUCCCAUGGUAAUUUUAGCUUCACUGAAAAGCUGGUGGCAAAGUAUGGUGGAGCAGCAGCUAUGUAUUUUGUGUCGAAGAAACUGAAGAAGAGACAUAACAUUACUGAUGAGCGAAAAGCCUUGUAUGAAGCUGCAGAGACAUGGGUUUAUGCUUUAGCGGGUAGACAGUAUCUUGGUGGUUCAGAACCAAAUUUGGCUGACCUUGCUGUGUUUGGAGUCCUGAGGCCUAUACGUGAUCUCAAGUCGGGAAAGGAUAUGGUGGCUAACACUCAUAUCGGUGAAUGGUUCGCUAGGAUGGAGAGCCAAAUGAAGCCUAAUCGUGGCAUGACCAACAAAGGAGCAUGAUUUGUUAGAAUCAGUGUUCUUGAUGAGUAUUCUAUGAGUGAGACAUGCGUCUAGGAUACCAGGAAAAAAUAAUAGUUAAUUGGUGAUACUAAGAUUACUUUAAAUAUAAUAAUUCUAUAGUAAUUGAAAACAUGAUAGUAUGAUACCACUUUCCAUC